AUGGACGGAGAGAAGCUAAACCUGGACAACAUAAUCUCCAGACUUUUGGAGGGUAAGUUUUUUGUUUUCUGUUUUCGCAUAUAUUUCCAAAAUAUUGUUAUGUUUUGUUUUCAGUCAGAGGAUCCAAGCCGGGAAAAAAUGUGCAGCUGACAGAGAGCGAAAUCAAAGGGUUGUGCCAAAAGUCGCGGGAAAUUUUCCUGAGCCAGCCGAUUCUGCUCGAAUUGGAGGCGCCGUUGAAAAUAUGCGGUGAGUCGUCAAUCGAUCGCCCCCGCUUCCGUUCUGAAAAUCCGCUUUUGCAGGUGACGUGCACGGGCAAUACUAUGAUCUGCUCAGAUUAUUCGAAUACGGAGGCUUCCCGCCAGAGUCGAACUACUUGUUCCUCGGGGAUUAUGUCGACAGAGGUAUCCGUGAAGCGAUCUUUGGCCAAUAAAUAACAAGAAUAGCAUUUCAGGAAAGCAAUCGCUGGAGACCAUCUGCCUUCUGCUCGCCUACAAAAUCAAGUAUCCGGAGAACUUCUUCCUGUUGAGAGGAAACCACGAGUGUGCGUCGAUCAACAGAAUUUAUGGUUUCUAUGACGAAUGUAAGUCUUGAUGCGGAUUAGCGUCUCGAGAUUUUAUGAUUUUUUUGCAGGCAAACGACGAUACAACAUCAAGUUGUGGAAGACGUUCACUGAUUGCUUCAACUGCCUUCCAGUUGCCGCAAUAAUCGACGAGAAGAUUUUCUGCUGCCACGGUGGUCUCUCGCCUGAUCUUCAGUCCAUGGAGCAGAUACGUCGUAUUAUGAGACCGACGGACGUGCCAGACCAAGGAUUGCUGUGCGAUCUUUUGUGGUCGGAUCCAGAUAAGGUUUGUUUGAGUUUAAAGCGAAAAAAGCUACAAGUUUUUGCAAAACUGGCACACAUAUCCGUGUAAAUAUUGACUGAUUAGUUGGUUCGCUUCAGGAUGUCACCGGAUGGGGAGAGAAUGAUCGAGGAGUUUCGUUCACGUUUGGACCGGAAGUAGUUGCCAAGUUCCUCCACAAACAUGACUUGGAUCUAAUCUGCAGAGCUCACCAGGUACCCAAAAUGUUCGAUCUAUAAAAUUUCACUGAAAAACGCUUUGCAGGUGGUGGAAGACGGUUACGAGUUCUUCGCCAAACGACAACUGGUCACCCUGUUCAGCGCCCCCAACUAUUGCGGAGAGUUCGAUAACGCCGGAUCGAUGAUGACCGUCGACGAGACGUUGAUGUGCUCAUUCCAGGUAAACAUUGCGGGAUCGUAAAACAGAAGAGAAACGAGAAAGAGGGGGCUGAAUCACCGAUGAUGCAAUGGUUAAGUCAGACGAGUCUAUUCUGGCGAUCUAUUCGAGUUCUUCGAAGAAAUUGCCGCAAACGGGGUGAAAUUGAGGCAUUUGUCUGAGGUGAUAGGUCAUUCUAUUUUGAGAAUUAACGUCGUUCUUUGUCAAAAUUUCGCAAUUAUUUCGGUUUUUUCAGAUCCUGAAGCCAGCCGACAAGAAGAAGUACCCUUACGGAGCCGCCGGAGUCGGAUCCAAUCGCCCAGUCACUCCGCCACGAAACGCGCAGCAGCCUGCUCAGCCGAAGAAGGGUGCCAAGAAGUAA